GGAGCACAGCUGCAUACUUAGGCUCGCAUUUCACGAUGGAGAAUGGGAGCUUUGCAUUGUGUAUAUUAUUUCUUGAACUUGCUCUGUGUUGGGCGUAUGCAAUGUUUGUUGACUAUACUGGAGAAUCGAUUGGAAUCGUCGUAGAAAAUGAUUUUGAUCGUGUUCGUGGGACUCACGUUAGAAAACAUUUGUCAUCGAUUUACUACUACAUGUUUCAGGAUGUUCAUUUGACGGUGGUCAUUGGGUUCGGUUUCCUUGCAACUUUUUUAAAACGGUAUGGCAAUAGUUCUGUCGUUUCGACUUUAUUGGUCGUGGCAAUUACACUUCAAUGGGCGACUUUAUGCCAAGGAUUUUUUCAAAUGCAACGCGGGAAAAUUCACGUCAGCAUUACCAAUUUGGUGCAUGCUGAUUUCGCUACGCUAGCGAUAUUAAUUUCAUUCGGAGCCGUUCUUGAUUUGACCACUCCGACUCAGUUGAUAAUUAUGGCCAUCUGUGAAAUACUUUGUUUCGCCACCAACGAAUACAUCUGCCUCGACAUUUUACAGAUUUCGGACGUUGGAGUUUCAAUGUUGGUUCACGUUUUUGCUGCUUAUUUCGGCCUAACAGUGAGUUGCGUCUUGCGAAAAAACAGACCGGAAAGAGAGACGGUCAGUAUCACCCUUCCAACUUCCGAUCUAUUCGCCGUAAUCGGGACGAUGUUUCUAUGGCUUUUUUGGCCUACACUAAACGCUAGUUUAGCUCAGGGCGAUGCCCAGCACAGAGCUGUUAUUAAUACUUACUAUUCUUUAGCAGCGAGUACUGUCGUGACUUUGGCUAUAAGUCUAAGUUCCCUUUUGGACAAUAAACGAUCCUAUACGGUACAAAUUCAAAAUUCAGCUUUGGCAGGAGGAGUUGCAAUUGGCACAGCUGCUGACAUGAUGAUUUAUCCAUUUGGUGCGAUUAUUGUGGGAUGUUUCGCUGGGCUAGUUUCAGUGCUCGGAGUGGUGGUUUUUACUCCAGGAAUCAAUCGAAUAUUCGGUAUUCGGGACACUAAUGGUGUUCACAAUUUACAUGGCCUUCCGGGAUUAAUUUCCGCAUUUGUAGGAGCUAUUGCAGCGGCUUUUGCUACAGAAAAAAAUUACAAUUACACUUUGUAUCGGCUGUUUCCUGCUAGAACGCCCAUGGUCAAAACUCCAGAUUACUGGAAUUUGGAACACCACGUUGGAAAUGUUGUGCCAGGGUUGGCUCGUUCUGCUUUAAGUCAAGGAGCUUACCAAAUUGCGGCUCUAGGAACUACUCUAGCAUUUGCUAUAUUCGGAGGACUAAUUACUGGGUUUGUUUUACGCUUACCGCUUUUUAAUCAGCGAAGGAGGAACAAUUUCAUUAACGACGAGGUGUAACAUUAAUCGACUUAUCAUCUUCAAUAAUGAAUAUUUUAUAAAGAAACACUUAUGGCUUAUUGCAUUUAAUUUAACGGUAACAAUAUUCGUAGUUGUCUAAAUACUGAUCUAAAAAACUGUAAAAAGAAAAAAGGUUCCAACAACAAUACAGUUUGCUACAUAG